CUAAAUGUCCUUUUCAUGUUGAGAUGACUUACAGAAGAACCACCUGUGUUGCAGUACCGGUGGUUGUUGUGUUGAUCUUGGGAUUGACGAUUUCUUUUAGUUUGAUGACCGAUGAGUUAAGGAAUGGAGGUUUGAAGUUUUCACUGGCUAUUUCUCAGUCAGUUAUUUUCUGUCAAGGGAUGACUAUAACCAGGAGGAUUCUUACGGGGCAGUCCUUGUUCUUUUAGGGAUAGCAAGCAAUUCUAAACGUUGGGAUCAUCAGGAAAAUGAACGCGAAAACAGAGACAAAACUGAACCCCUAACCAUGCUAGCAAAACGACAAUUUAGAAGAGGAGUUGGUGACGAGCUUAAUAUAUUAAAGGACAAAGCGAAAAAGGCAAAUUCCGUUUACAAAUGGCUAAAGAGGAAUUGGCAAAAGCUAUUCGUUAUCGUAGUUGCCGUAAUUGCACUGAUAGCAGUUGUGGGAAUCUACAGAAGGUGUUUCUCUGAUUCAAGCUCCAGUGGAGAUGACGAAGAGCCAAGUGUAGUGGUCGUGAGAAUGGUAAAACAAGAUGACAAAUAUAACAACGAGCUUAAGGGGCCAAAGGUCACGGAAGGAUGUGCACAAGAAAGUAGUGGAAGCGGAAAGGCUACUAUUUUGCAUGGAACUAAUAACGCUAUACGUAGAAGCGGUACUGAUUCAACAGUUGCAAAGAAGUUGCCAGAUGCCGGGACACUUCACAGCGAUAGAUCUUCCGCUUUAGUACCGAGUAACGUUAAAGGGAAGAUUGUCGAAAGACAGGUCACUAGGGUGAAAAGUGGCGGAUUUCCCGAACUUACCAAUCUCCACCUUCCCAUGAACAGUAUUCCUAUCUCUGGGUAUACAAUAUUUCAGCAAAUUGAAUGUUACAAUGCCUUUUUCCAUUUCACUCAGUGCAUUUUCAACGCAAAAAUGCCUGCGAACCAGCUCAAGGUCCAACCUACAAGGGUCUGCGAGGGGAGCACGAGUGAAGGGCCUUUUCCGGUCUACGGGGAGGUCCCUGUGAUAAAGAACUUGAUGGCCUCACUGACGUUAAAAUAUUGUGAUGCUUAUAUUCCUACAGCAAGCACGAACACCAACCUGCCUUUGACCGUGUCACCUUAACAAAGAGUUUGCUAUUUGUGCCAUUGAAAGGAGAAACACGAAUGGGAUCUGCGUUUAAUGUUUUGGACACCAAAAAAGGCUACUGCCGGGGAUGGAUGAAAAUUGCUGUAUUCAAAAGAGGGGAGUGUUCCUGAAGCAGCAUUUAAAUCACUUUUCUGUUCGCGCUAAGACUGGAUUAAGAAAGACCAAUAGAUUUUUGCGUUUAGGUUAAAAACCCGUUCUUCCAAUUUGUAAGAACAGACGAACUUAUAUGCUAGAAGUAUAUGUCUUGCUACCUUGUUCUACCUUGUUCUACCGAGGAGAUGUAGAAAAAGGGGGUCAAAAAUGAAAUUUUCUUUUCGCGGAGUUUAAUAGGACAGUUUCUUAACUACUAAUGCUGCAGAAAUACAUGUAUUCUUGCUGUAGGGUUUCGCUGCUAUUGUCUUUAUUUAUUUAUUUUAGUUUGUUUUUGAAAUCAUGCAAAAUGCCUCUUGCUCAAACAGGUAUAGUAAUUAACAAGUGUACUUUCAACCUCACCUGU